AUGGCUGAAGAAGUGACCUACGCUGACUUGAAGUUCAAUACUUUAGAGCAGAACAAGGAGGAGGAAUUCCAGGAAACCAUUACUUCUGAAUCUCCCUCAGUAUCUCAUCACUGGCGACCUGCAGCAGUGAUUCUUGGGAUGGUCUGCCUGGGUCUGCUUGGAGCAGCUGCCACUAUGGGAUUCAAGGUUAUGCAGGCCUCCCAAAGAGUAAGCAAUCAGAAUGAAAACCUGACCCUGCAGAAAGAGAUGUUAGAAACCCUAUUCACAAAGCUGAAUGUUCUUCAAGCCCAGAAUCUAAACCUUUCGGAGACUGUGCAACGGCUGUCAUACUACAGAGGCCUUCAAUGCAGCCCUUGCCCAGAGAGGUGGCAACAGCGUGGAGAGAAAUGCUACUUCUUUUCAGCUAAGUGGAACUCUUGGGAAGAAAGCAAAGCUCAAUGCACUACCCUUAACUCCAGACUUCUUAAAAUAGAGAGUAAGGAAGAGCUGGAGUUCAUACUUGCAUCAGCACAGGCCUAUAAUUCUUACUGGAUUGGAUUAUUCCGCAGCAGAGCUGGUGGGCCGUGGUCCUGGGAGGACAAUAGCACCUUGGUUACUGACUUGUUUAACAUUCCAGAUGUUGGCUCCAGUAAUUAUCCCAUCUGUGUAUCGAUUCAGGGUGGGAAUCUAAUUGCUUCUGAUUGUUUGGGGUACCGGUUCUGCAUCUGUGAGAAAGUGACAGAUCCAGCAAAUCCUGGCCAUCAUUAAACUACAGAGUUU